AUGUCCGCGUCCACAGAGGAGGAAACGCAGCUGCGCACGUACAGAGGCAAUUGCCAUUGCAAGGCCUUCGUGUACGAGGUACAGCUCCCAGAAAUCAAAUCGGCGCAUGAAUGCAACUGCAGCAUCUGCCACAAGAAGGGCUAUCUCUGGGUCUUUCCCCCGGGAAAGCCUCAGUUUGUGAAGGGCGACGACGCAGGCCUCACGCACUAUACUUUUGGGCCGAAGAAGCUUGUCCACAAGUUCUGCCCGACAUGUGCUACGCCGCUCAUGGCGGAAGUCAUUGACGGCAACCGGAUAGCCAUUAAUGUUCGUGCCUUACAGAAUGUUGACCCAUGGGCUUUGGAGAUCCAACAGUACGAUGGCGCGGCGUUGGGCGACAAGUAUGAGCAUCCCCAGCACAAGGGGCCUCUGCCAGCAGCCAUCGACGGCUACAAGCUGUACACCGGUUCCUGCCACUGUGGCGCCCUCACCGUGGCUUUCCAGAGCAAGCCCCUGGACGAGACGUUCGAUGAGCUCAUCGUGGACUGCAGCUGUAGCAUCUGCUCGAGGAACGGCUACAUCUGGGUGUACCCAACCCGAGAGAAGGUGGUGCUGUUCGCGAACAACCCGUCCAACAUUGGCAAGUAUAGCUUCGCGCGCCACAUUUUGUACAAGUCGUUCUGCAAGAUAUGCGGCGUCCCCAUGACCAACCACCACAACGACAUCACGGACGAGGAGCGCAAGGCGCUGGGCGCAUUGCCACUUCUAGCGGAGAGCGGCUUUGGAGAGGCGACGAUCAACUGGAUGAAGAGCCUGCAUCCGGUCAACUUGCGCCUUUUCCCGGACGUGGACCUGCAGAAGUUGAAGCCGGAACGCAAAGACGUUGCGAGCAUGCUGAAGCCGCUCUAUGAAAAUCCUUAG